CGCACGCGCCCACGCGCUCCCGAGCGUCGAAGCAUCGGAGGCUUUUACGUCGAGCCGGGCAGGACGCAGCGGGUCUGAGCCGGGGUCCUCUCAACACCGAUACCGGGGAAAGGGAUUUUUUUUUAAAUAAAUGCACGUGAGUCGAAAUCCAAAAUCGCAACCUCUGCACGACAAGACGCCCGCGUGACCGUGUGCUGUCUCUGUCGCAGACGCACAGCGGCUCCUCGAGCCGCGCUGUUUCACUCGGAUUUCGUCGAGCUGAUCUAGAUGGCGGGCAUCGACCCCGCCUGAUCCACUGUGAGAGGAAAUAAUUACACUGGGACAUGAAAAGCCAACAGCGAACAUCACUGCUGGCCGUUUCGGCACUACUGCUGUGCACACUACACCGCAGCUCUGCAUCAUCAUCAGCAUCAUCAGCAACAACACACCCUUCAGAGUCUAGUGGCAGGAAUCGUUUGGGGACCCAAAACUGGCUCAAGCAGACUAUCGGCAGUUCGAAUUACGGCUUCCGACGCUACAAAAGCAGUACAUCGUCGAAGCUAAAAGAGGAAACCGGUCCGGCGAAGGGCUCAUCUUUCAACGCAAGUGAUGGUGCUACCACGGGAUCUGAAAGGUCUGACGGGGCGCCAACCUGGAGCCCGGAGGAAGGGUCGUCGCCGCUGUGCGCCUACCGGGUGAUCGAGGGGGGAGUCGGGGAGCAGCUGUGUUUCAGACACACGCUGUUCGGGUUCAGGUGUCACAAGGGGGAGUGCAGCACAGUGGCGUCUGCGGGGAAUCUGGAGGCGAAUAUUCUCGUCAACGGCAGCGUGCUGUUGCGGUGGACCCGCGAGGAAGACCCCGCAAACACCGGCCGGGACAGAGACACGAAACCAGCUGCGGAUGGUCGGGCGGGCGGCGGGGACCCGGGGACGGAAACCCUGCGGUCAAACCCCCUUCUCAGCGACCGACGGCGCAAGCGGGGUGGCUACGAGCUGAACUGCUGGUGGAACGGGAGCUACACCCAGUUUGAGUGCGCCGGGGUCCACCUGGGCUCCGGCUGCAGGGACUUCCUCCUGACUGAGCUGCACGAGAACAUCCCCUACCGCAUCUGCCUGCGCCCCCUGGGCCGCUGGGAUGCAGACGGACAGCGAGGCGGCCGGCGGGACUGCGUGGAGUUCACCCUGCCGCCGUCCGGCAUGCAGGACAUCGUGAUCGCCAUGACGGCGGUCGGCGGGGCUAUUUGCGUGAUGCUGGUCAUCAUCUGCUUGCUUGUGGCGUACAUCACAGAAAACAUCAUGAGCCCCGCGACACAGCACACGUACUACCAGACUCACUCGCGUCACUGACGCUGACGUCACCGUUAAGCAACACAUCCACGACGACAUUAUUCUGAUCUCAAUGUCUUAUUGUGAGGGUUUUCAAUCAGCCACCUACUGAAAUUCGCAUACUGUUGUGACUAAAUUAAAGCACAAACUACUGUGGCUCUGCAGAUCACAUUCCUUGUCAACCUCUGCACUAAACCAAAAGUACUGAUAACCUGUAUUUAAUAAUAUACAGUUUACUGUUUUUGUUCAAAUUUUUCUGUGACUGAGUCCAUCAAUCUGUAAGCUGACAGCAAUACAAUUAAUUACAUGAUUAUUUUAGUGCAUCACAAACAGAUGUUUUUGCCUAUGACAUGGCAGACGUGUGCUGUCUUUGCUGUGACACAGGGGAAUAUUUAUUUCUUAUCUACUUGACUAAACCAUUCCAUCAUCUAUUGUGGCUUUUAGGUCCGACUACAGUAUGUAUUUGUACUAUUUUGUGAAGGGCAAUACAAUCUGUGUAUCUCCACUGUGCCAAACAUCUUGAGUUAAAAUUACUCUAUGUUCCUGCUGCCCGUAAAUAAAAGUACCAUAAGGUCAUUUGUAACAGC